AUGGCCGCGGUGAAGGUGCUGGCUACGGCGACGAUACCUGAGGUGGUGCCCUCUGCGGCGGGGACGGUCAGCGGGUCCGAGAAACCUGACGGUGAGCGAGUUUCCAAGUGGGCUCGGAAGAAGGAGAAGAUGUUGUGCUAUCGCUAUGGUGAACAGGGGCACUUCAUAGCCGAGUGCGUGUCUGAGCUCUGUGACACGUGCCUCAAGCCGGGGCAUGAAACCGGGGACUUCCCGAGGCUACAUGAGUUGGCACCAGGGAAUUUUCAGUGGGAGUUGAAUAGGCUCGAGGCAAACACGUUCAAGGUUGAGUUUCCAACUACUGAUGAUCUGCAGAGACUUUUGAGCUUUGGGUUGUGCAGAGUCCCGGGCACCGAGUGCAUUCUUGAGUUCCACGAGUGGAAGAGGGUUGAGCCGAAGGGCAAGCCUCUUACUCAGGUUUGGUUACGGUUCUCGGGGGCACCAUCCAAGCCUCUGAAUGAUGUUCGGGUCACAGCCAGCUUGGGGAAUCUUGUUGAGAAGACCGAGCGGGUGGACAUGGCCUUUACCCGAGCUAACGGGGUGGCGAGGCUGCUAGUGAGUGUUCUCGACAUUGAGUAUGUUCCGGAUGUGGUUAAGUGGACGUAUGCCGGCUUGAUCUUCAACCUAGAGAUUGAGUUUGAGGACACUGACUUAUUCUCUGAGGCGUUGAAUGGAAAUGAUGUGGAUAUGCUUGAUAAGGAUGACGGGUCUGGCAACAAGGAGUUGAGCGAGGUCGAUCAUGGACGAGAUAUGUCCACUAACCCAGGUUCUAACGUAGCUCCAGCGGCGCCUGAGAUGGGGACUACUGUGGAGCGAGAGGGUGGGCGUGAGGAUGAACAGUCGCUCCCUCCCCUUGAUUUUGAAGUUCUUGAUACGGCUGUUGGUGGAUGUCCCGAUGGCUCUGGUGCAGUGGUGACCUAUGCGACGGAGGCCCCUCCUUCUGUGGCCAUUGAGACGGUACUCGGACUUGGUGCAGGAGGGGAGGCGGUGGGGCAGGUGGCUCCUAGUUCUCCCGCUACUAGCCCUCGGUGUGAGGCUUCACCGGAGCCGCGGGGAUUGGCGGUUACCCGUGCGGCGGAGGUCGUGCCACCUGGCGUGGCCGUGGCCGGGUUUUGCGUCGAGGCCAGCACCGGAUCGGGAGGAGGGCGCGGGCAGGUGGCCUUCGCCCCACCUUCCCCUGUGUUGCCCCUGGAGGGGGUGGCCCCUGUGACGUCAACGGGACCUGGGUCGGCCGGCCUGGGUACGCUUUGUCAUGGGCCGGUGGCGACUUGGCGAGUUCCACCGACUGCUCGGGGCAGCUCCCCGGUUGUCUCUGCUCCGUCUAGCCCUGUUGGAGGUACGGCAGGUGGCCUUACCCCGAACGGGGUCUCGCGGGAUGAGAUCAUCACUUUUGGAGGGAUUCAGGAUCCUGUGUCCGCUGGUAGACGGAUGAGCGGUCGUCUCCAGGGUCAGCAGGGAGUUGAUGACAUGCAGCUGCGGUGCACCAUGCGGGCGGCCAAGCUCCGUGAUAUUGAGGUCACUACGGGUUAUCUUUCGAGCCACCACACUGAUCCGUAUGUGGUUGCUACUCACUCCGACGGAGGCCAGGGAGCGUUUGGUUACUGGAUCUGUCUGAUGGGAGAUGGUAGCUCGGGAUAUCUUCAACCGGUUUGGAUGACGGUCAUGUAAUAGGAUACGGUUUUAGGUUUCCUAUCUUAUAUUAUUUUUGCCUGUCGGUUGUGGCUUUUCAUGUUAUGAUACUUUUGCUCUUUGUGAGCUUUUCUGCUUUUCAGAGCGGAAGACCUUUGUGGAACCUUUUUGAUUAUUAUUAUUAAUAAUAUGACCGUAUGCAUCGUUCGGAUGCAGAGGCCGGGGCAUGUCCCCUUU